UAUACUGUUUAAAUACGGUUGUCCGAGGCACAGUGGCCGUACACGGAAGAUGAAUCGGUUACAAGCAACUACUGUGCUGCUAGUGGCAUCGGUGACGGCAGUGGCGGCCGACGUGGCGACGACCGCUGGACUUGGUCAGGCGUCGCCGCCGCCAUCGGAUUGGUUCCGUGGCUGCGGAGCGGCCGACUGGCCGCAGUGCGUGGCCCAAAACGUGGCCAGGACGUUUAGGCUGUUGGAACAAUCGGACCGAUUGCAGAUAGCCGACGGCGUACGUCUGGUCAAGACGACCGCAACGACCGACAGAUCUGCCAAGUACGGAAAUCAUACUUUUGACCUAAUCAAUAGAGUGGUUUCAUUCGUCGAUAGCCAUUCAUUGCAAAUUGAUCUAUGGACACCAGACAAUAACGUCACCACCGAAGGCCGCAGACGUCAUGCUUACCGGAGGGUGUUCCCGAUCAUCGUGGGCACGUACAUGAUCAUGUCGGCAGUCCUUAUACCGAUGGGCUUCAUGUUCAUGUCCACGCUUGGUGGCAAAGCGCUGUUGGUCAGCAAAAUGGCGCUAAUGGUGUCACUGAUGAGCAACAUCAAAAAGAUAUUCUCGUACGAGUACUAUGUGCCGCCUGCACCGGCGGCCGGUCACCACCACUGGAAGCGAACGCUGCUGGCGCACCGCACCACCGCCGGUCCGCUGUACUCGUCGUACACCGCCUACUGAAAACGCAGUAAUACCACAACACGCGGGAUCAGAUUUCGCGCCGGCCCUCAGCAGAAUAUAAGCCCGUCCAAGACUCGACCCCCUGUGAACUUAAUAUUAUGAUCGUCUACGUUAUAUUAUUAUAAUAUUAUGUCGCAUGAAACGAGUUUGUGUGACGACGAUUCACAAUAAUUUAUAUACCUAUAUUGUUUUUAUUUAUAUAAUAUUUAGCCGUAGAUAGUACGUCAAAUAUUGUACGUGAUAUUUAUUUAUUUAAUUUAUUGUCAAUAUAUAUUAUGCAAUGAACGUAUCUUAUACAUUGAACAUUAUGUUUACGUUGAUUGAACUGCAUCCCAAUAUUAUAUUGGCACGUCCUACUUGUUUUUGUUUAUUUUAUUAAAUAUCUAUCUGCAGACUAGUGGCCGCUUGCUUAUUGUAUGCGGGAUUGGUAAAUUGGGUCCCGGGAAAAAAAAGUAAAAAUUAUGAGUGCUUACAUUUAUAAAUUGGGAAUACAGAAUAGCCAACAAGAACAGCAGAAAAACCGGAAUAUUUACGCUACACUAUAA